AUUUGCGGUGUAGCCGAAUGAGCGUCGCGACCUACUCGCUCUGUCUGAUGCGGCGGUUGGGUGUCACAGAAGUCCGGGGAUUCACGUUGUUCCAUCGGGCCUACUUCCAUAAUUCUCUCUGUAUUGAUGAAAUACUUUUCUCUGAAUAGUUAGACAAAUAUUAUCGAUUAACGCUCAGAAUUUUGCUGGAGAAACUGUGGGCGAGCCAAAUCUGUGUGUAUUUUCCCCAUAUUGUUCUCAUCGAAAGCAGGAAGGUGCCGUGGAGGGCAUAGUGACUUGUCAUGAACGAGCCCGUAGAGAGCGGUGUAGUCUCGUUUGACGAGUACGUGCGUCAGAAGGCCCGCAGUGUGCCCCAGCACCGUAUGAAGGAGUUCCUGGAGUCUCUGGCCAACAAGGGCCCCGAGGCACUGCAGGAGUUCAGCCAGCAGGACGGUGACACCACCACCAUGGUGUACCAGCAGGGGGGCAACUGUGUCUACACAGACAGCACUGAGGUGGCUGGCUCGCUGCUGGAGCUGGCCUGUCCGGUGCAGGUGAACUCUGCACAGAUCUCACCCCAGAUGGCUGCUGGUGUGCACCAGGGGUCUGAGCAGCAGAUACAAGUACAGGUGCAGAUCCAGGGACAGCAGGGUCAGACGGUGGACCUCCAGGGCAUCCCCACAGCAGCACAGCUGGUCCAGCAAGGAGAGCUCACAGAGGAGCAGCACCAGCAGAUCCAGGCCCAGUUGGUGGCAGCGGUGUCAGGAGGUCAACAGAUUAGACUACAAAGCGGUCAACAAAUCCAGCAUAUUCAACUACAAGGGGGCCAGCAAAUUCAGCUCCAAGGAGGUCAACACAUUCAGCUUCAAGGGGACUUACAGGGUGGCCAACAGAUUCAACUUCAAGGGGGUCAACAGAUCCAACUUCAAGGGGGUCAACAGAUCCAACUUCAAGGGGGUCAACAGAUCCAACUUCAAGGGGGUCAACAGAUCCAACUUCAAGGGGGUCAACAGAUCCAACUUCAAGGGGGUCAACACAUCCAACUUCAGGGGGGGCAACACAUCCAACUUCAAGGGGGGCAACAGAUCCAGCUACAAGGCGGGCAACAAAUCCAGCACAUUCAGCUACCAGGUGGUCAACAUAUUCAAUUACAGGGUGGGCAGCAGAUCCAGUUCCAGACAGUGGAGGCCAUGUCUCCUCAGCAGCAGCAGGGCUCUCCCCGGGAGGCAGAGAGGAGAGCGGGCACCAGCGUCCUCCAACCUGCCAAGAAGCGCAAGGUGGACGUCCCCAUCCAGGUGUCGUACUCCCUCCCUCAGGGCCAGCAAGGCCAGCAGGUGGUCCUGGCCCUCCCACAGGGGCAGGGGCAGCAACAGCAGUUCCUGUCCCUCAGGCCCGACCUGCUUACUGUGGACAGCACCCACCUGUACAGCACCACAGGUACCAUCACAGGUCCUGCCGGGGAGACCUGGACCAUCCCUGUGUACUCCGGGGGGCAGCAGGGUGGCGUGCAUCACAUCACCAUCCCCCAAGAGGCUUACAACACGAUGCAGGUGUCCUCCUCUGGUCACCACGACAACAAGGACAAUAGGGUGGCCCACUCCUCGUCGUCGGGGACUGGGUCCGUCCAGUCGGGCGCCACGGUGUCAGUCUCCGAGACGACGACGAACGAGGAAGUGGUGCAGACGCUUUUCCCGGCGCAGUUCAUGAACGGGAACAUCCACGGCCCGGUGGUGGUGCAGACGGUGGGAGGGGCUUACAACGCCACGCAGCAGCUCCACAUCUGGGACCCCCAGCAGCAGCAGGAACACCAAGAGCAACAGCUCCACCUACAGGGUCAUGUGGAGUCAGAGUCCCAGGUGGAGGCCCCCCAGGAGCUGCUGCUUCCCAUCUCCCUGAAGCCUGAGGAGGGCAUGGACGUGUGGCGCCUCUGGGUCCAGCGCAAGAACACAGAGCUGGACAAGGACGAGCAGAACAAGCUGGCGCCCAUCGGACGUCGUCAGGCACUGCGCUUCCAGGAGGACCUGGUGUCGAGUGCAGUGGCUGAGCUCAACGUGGCUCUGGCCCUUAUGACCCAAGAGGCCCGAGGGUUGGAAGGAGAACAGUUUGAGCCUGACGCCCUCUACUACAUCUUCCUGUGUAUACAGAAGUACCUCUUUGAAAACGGACGAGUGGAUGAUAUCUUCUCUGACCAGUACUACACACGCUUCUCCCAGUGGUUACACAAAGCCCUGGACGAGUGGAGGCCUGUCAUCCAUCCACUAGGGUACAUCAUUCCCAGUCAUGUGACAGAGGAGAUGCUGUGGGAGUGUAAACAGCUGGGUGCCCACUCACCAGCCACGCUGCUCACAACACUCAUGUUCUUCAACACUAAGUAUUUCCGUCUGACAACGGUAGAGCAGCACAUGAAGGUGGCCUUCUCCAAAGUGCUGAGGCACACGAAGAAGAACCCGUCCAACCCAAAGGAUAAGAGCACCAGUAUCCGCUAUCUGAAGGGCCAUGGGCCCUUAGGAACACACCAUGCAGGGCAGAAAGUGACCGAUGACAUGUAUGAGGAGCAGACUGAGGAUCCUGAGAACCCUCUGCGAUGCCCAAUUAAGCUGUAUGAUUUUUACCUCUUCAAAUGUCCCCAGAGUGCUAAGGGGCGUAACGACGCGUACUACCUUACGCCAGAGCCCGUCGUGGCGCCCAACAGUCCCAUAUGGUACUCCACUCAGCCAAUCACAAGUGAGCAGGUGGAGCACAUGCUCACACGCAUUAUCAUGGUGCGGGAGAUCCAGGAGGCCAUCGCCAUGUCAUCGGCCAGCAUGCACUGAGCCCGGGAGGGGAGGAGGAACUGAAAUGGACACACUAACCCCUGAAAUCAGCCCUCCUCUCUCUCUCAAACGUUAAUCUUUGUGGUACCUCCUUCACUCAGUAACUAACUCUAAGGACCUCCAGUGGCCUCAGUCUCAACCCAUCACACCUGCCAACCAUAGGUGUGGGGGAGCGACCGAUAGUGUUUACAGAGUGGACUUAUGGGCCUUUUUUUAAGGAAUAGACUCCUGCGUUUAUUCAUCUAAUGGCACUUAUGUCACCCUCAAUGCUGUUAUCUUUUUUGGGAUGGUCACACCACUUCACCUAACCCCCCACCUCACUUCACCAUAGAAUUGUUUCCUGGACUGAAGAGACGAGUGAGAUGGAUUUUGACAGUCACUAAAUCAGAGCUCAUCAUGUACUCCUGUAGGCCGUUGCAGCCCCCAAUAAAGAUGAAAUGGUCAGAAAUGGAUGGUGAAAUAUCGGAUAUAUAUUCAGUCAUAUAAAUAUAUUAUACAUAGUGACUUCAGAAAGUAUUCGUACCACUUGACUUAGUCCACAUUUUGUUACAGCCUGAAUUAAAACGUAAAUUUUUUAAUCUCACCCUUCUACACACAAUACCCCAUAAUGACAAAGUGGAAACAUGUUUUAGAAAUGUUUGCACAUUUUAUUGAAAAUGAAAUGCAGAAAUAUCUCAUUUACAUAAGUAUUCACACCUGAGUCAAUACUUUGUCUAGGCACCUUUGACAGCGAUUACAGCUGAGAGUCUUUCUGGGUAAAAGGCGCUGCAUGGUCAAGCCAUACAGCAUUUACUGCGACGCGGCCUCCGCAGAAGUCAGAGCAAACAUAUUUUUUGCGCUGAGCUGUUGUCAAGGAAGUGAGUUUGUUUAUACAGGACCUCUCGCCCCCACCUACCGUCAAAUCAGUCAUGUCAAUGCGGAGCUAUACAGAGCCCUCUGCAUUGUUAAAACAUUUUGAGAGGUGCAUAGCGAUGCAGUGCGGAGCUUGAUUUGGCCUCUGCACGCCUCAGGAGACUCCGCUUUAGCAUCAAACCCUCUGACCACAUUUUCGGAUCAAGCAUAAUUUGGCUUCAAGUCUUUAAGAGCUUUCCACACCUGGAUUGUGCAACAUUUGUCGAUUAUACUUUUCAAAAUUAUUCCAGCUCUGUCAAAUUGCUGGACAGCCAUUUUCAGGUCUUGCCAUAGAUUUUCAAGUAGAUUUAAGUCCAAACUGUAACUCGGACAUUCGGUAACCAUCACUGUCUUCUUGGUAAGCCAUAACAAAUGGGUUGAAUGCUUAUUGACUCAAGAUAUUUCUGAUUUUCAUACAUUUGUAAAAGUUUAUAAAAACAUAAUUCUACUUUGAAAUUGUGUGUAGGCCAGUGACAAAUCUCAAUGUAAUAAUUUUAAAUUCAGAUUGUGUUACAAUGUGGAAAAAGUCAAGGGGUGUGAAUACUUUCUGAAGGUGCUGUACACUUCCCUAUGUAUUUAGUUGGAUAAUGAUUAACCAAAAAUGAUUAAUUUGGCUCUGUAUUCCAGCAUUUUGGAUUUGAGAUGAAAUGUUUCAUUUGAUUGUAUUUUCAUAUGUUUUACUGUUUAGAAAUGAAAGCACUAUGUAUCUAGUCCCCCCAUUUUUGAAGGUGUCAUAAGUAUUUUGACAAAUUCACUUGUAGUAUUAAAGUAUUCAAAAUUGUAGUAUUUGGUCACAUUCCUAGCAUGCAAUGACUACAUCAAGUGACUACAAACUUCUUGGAUGCUUUUGCGGUUUGUUUUGGCUGCGUUUUCAGAUUGUUGUUCGCAAUAGAAAUGAAUGGUAAAUGUAUUGUGACAUUUGUGUCACUUUUAUUGUAAAUAAGCUUAUGUUUCUGAACACUUCUACAUUAAUGUGGCUGCUACCAUGAUUAUGGAUAAUCAUGAAUGAAUUGUGGAUAAUGAGUGAGAAGGUACAAAGAUCAUACCCCCAAGACAUUUUAACCUCUCACCAUGACAAAUGACAGAGGUUGGCAUUUUUGUUGUUGAGGAGCAUCGUUCACUCAUUAUUCAGGAUUCGGUCAUGAUUAUCCAUAAUCUUGGUAGCAUCCACAAUGUACUGUUCAGAAACAUAUUUUAUUCUUACUUAACAAUAAAAGGUGACUCAAAUGACACAAUACAUUAUUCACCAUUCCUAUUGGGCAAAACAUAAUCUGAAACACAACCAAACUGCAAAUGCAUCCAAGUUUGUAGUCAAGUAUGAAAAUACCUUCAAAUAAAAGGUGGCAUUCUGUACUGUCGCCUCAUAACAUUUGAUGUCAUCCAAGAUGCUAGAGUAUAGGGCCAAAUGUACAUAUUUUAGCUUCACUGUCCAAAUAAAUACGUAGGGGAAUGUAUAUGGAAAUGUACCCCCUAUAACAUGUUAGCCCUCACAGGGACUCUCCUGUGCCUCUUGUCCUCCAAGCUCUCAGGUCCCAGACAGGACAGGAGCCAAGAGCAGAGUGGAUUACACACCAACAGACAUUUAAUGGGAACUCUGCUCACUUUUUUUUUAACAUGUAUUUUUAUUGCCAUUUAUGAUCUCCUGUAUGUAUUGAUAUUCUAGUGGUGUUGGAGGCUAAAUAAGAAAGUCUGUUUUUU